AUGCCUUUGAUUGACGAAAUAGAUUCUAGUAAUUCUAUGCCGUUAGAGCCUUGUGCUGAUGUUACUUCACAAUCCGAAUCUGAAACUAGCAAUGAUCGAUCUCAAAAAAGAAAUAGACAAGGUGGGCCAGUUUUCGACGAAGUAUGGGACUAUGUUAUUAGGCGUGAAAAAGUAAAUCCAGGACACUAUAAAGCAGAAUGUUAUCACUGUGAAAAAGUCUGGCAGAGAGGUAAACCUUGUAUUUUAAGGUCUCACCUAGCACUUCAUUGCAAAAAUGUUCCAGAGGAUAUCCAACGAUAUUGGCGUAAUAAGCUUAUAGAGGUUGAUAAUGCCAAUAAAAGAAAUUCGCAAUCACAAUUGGUUUUACCACCACAA